CUCCAUGAAUCUUUGAAGCCAUUGACUCGGCAUCAUUAGUGAUACGCCUCAGUCAGGAUUGCAGGCGCCCCCCAAGGAAAUGUUGCUCCCAGUGUUCCAUCCUUUUCGACUAUAUCUCGCACAGCGGCGACCUCCAUGAAGUCCAAGGUUCCGCCUGCUGCAUCGUCGACUUUGCCACUUCUUUGAACUCCAUUUGCCAAUGAUGGCUAAGAGUUGUCCACGAAUCGAUCUCCUUCCCGACGAAGUUUGGGCAAAGGUCUCAUCAUCUUGCGAGAUCACAUCUUCAGAGCAUGUCAUUGAGGGUCUGCUCAGAAAUGCUCUGGAUGCUGAUGCCUCGUCAAUUGCCAUCGAGGUAGAAUUCUCAAAGGGCUACAUUUCAAUCUGCGACAAUGGGAGUGGAAUCAAGCAGGUGGAAUUCUCAGAGCAAGGCCAGUUGGCCAGACUUCACUGUUCUUCUAAACUAAAUUGUUCGGAUUCCAUGUACGGCCGCUAUGGCCGCUUCUUAUCAAACCUAUCGCAUCUAUCUUUGUUGUCCAUAGCCUCCGAACAUCAAUCGGAAGAAUUUGCGAAUCGAUUGAUUCUACACCGUGGUAAUGCCGUCUGUCGACAGCUGCGACUUGACAGAGAAGAUGUGGGAAUUAUGCGAAAAGGCACAACCAUUACAGUCCACAAUCUGUUCGGGGAUGUGCCAGUCCGCUUCAAACACCUGUCACAACUCUAUUCUUCUUCGACCGAGACUGAAAGAACUUUCAACCGGGUGAAGGAAAUGCUUGUUGGGUACCUGCUUGCGCAGUCUCGUCCGGUCGAAGUACGAUUCUCCACGAGAUGUGAAAGACUGCACAGUCUACAUUGCCGCACACCCCUCUUGAGCAAAGGAAACUUCUCGCUGGAGUCGACCCUAACAACACUGUCCCAAGCUAAACUUGUGAUGUCUCUUGAUGCCACGAAUUGGCGCUCAGCCUCCGUUCGCACGAGCCACUUCUGCAUUCGUGCUGUUAUUUCUCUCGAACCAUGCCCAAACAAAUCAACGCAGUUUAUAUCUGUCGGAAAUUUACCUAUUCGGAGAGGGCAGAGGGGCGAUUGCUUAUUUGAUGCCAUUGACCGGCUUUACGAAGACUCGAGCUUCGGGUCUUUGGAUCUUGACUUGGUUGCGCCGCACGGCGCAACCAGAGGACCGAAACCUGAGGACAGCACUGGCCAAACUAUCAAGCUGCAGAGGGCCGUGGAUAGAUGGCCCAUGUUCCACAUACACAUUGAGCCAAGGACCCAGGAAUUAUCGCACCAGUUUGGGUUGGGACAUUCACUGGCGGAUAUGAUCCCUGUCAUCGAGCAUGUGACAAAGGCGGUUGAGUCAUUGGUCUCUAAUUUCCUCACUGCUUAUGGAUACUCAGCCGGCCCAGGAUGCAACGCAUCGCGAAUGGUACAGGGUCGACGUAAACAUGAAGAUGGGUCUUGCCAUCCGCUUGUUGAGGAGUCCACCACUAAACUUUCGAAACUUGCAACUGAGGCCCGGUAUCUAAAUCAUUGGCGCCGCGUCAAGAGUGCUCGACCCCCACCAGACGAUUUUCGCUUCGGCUUGGGCUUGAGAAAGUCAGACGACCUCUCUUCCCUAUCCACGCAAACGCCCGAGGGACAUCUCUUGUUUGGAACCCUGCACAUCGAAGAGCCGGACCCAGAGGAGGCGGUGGGUGACACCCAGAUUGAUUCCAAUGAUGACGAUCAUGAUGAGUCUGUCUUUGGCCUCCCCUGGGUCAACUCACGCUAUGGUCAAGUCAUUUACCUCCAUCCUCGCACAGGAGGAGUCUUGCCUCUGGCUAAUCUAGACCUUGUGCGUCCAGAUGGAACCCGCGGGUGUUCUACUCGAAUGCAGAGUCAGUGGCCUAGACUCUGCAAGGGAAAUGAUGGACAAAGUCCUUGGGCAAAACCCAUGCUCAACUUGCAGCAAUAUCUGCAAACGAGCUCUCAUCACCAACCUGAGACACCAAUCCCUGGCAUCAUGUCGGGGCUAGCUCCGGGGUUUUCUGUAAAACGACACCUUGCUGGGGGGCAGGACGAUACUGUCCGGGAUUCACAGGUCAUCACCAAAGGUUCUCUGCAGAACGCCACCAUUAUCCAACAGGUUGACCGAAAGUUCAUUCUAGCCAUCCUUGCUGUUCAGGACAAAGGCGACCCGUACUUGGCAGAAAGGACGUCUCGGAGACUUCUGGUUCUUGUCGACCAGCAUGCGGCUGAUGAAAGAGUCAAAUUCGAAAAGUUGUGUGACGACUUCUGCAAGCGCACUUCAAUGAGUCUCACGAAACCAUUGGUCUUCGAGGUGGACGAGACUGAGGCCAGGGUUUUGGGAGAGCACAGGCAAUAUUUCUGGGAAUGGUGUGUCAGCUAUCGCAUUGUUGAAAACACUAAAGCGGAACAAUCUUCGAAAUGUUCGCGCAGCCCCAAAACCUGGGCAGUGGAGGUAACCGCACUGCCGGCCCUCAUUAUCGAGCGUUGUCGCGCCGACCCGAAGCUUUUGGCUGACAUCAUGAGAGGCGAGAUAUGGUUAGGCCGUACGCGGCGUCGCACUCCCUUACCCCAUCCUCCACAAUCUGAUGCGCCUUCCUGGUGGUCCGACAUUGCGGACUGCCCGAAAGGCAUAAUCGAGAUGCUAAAGUCUCGAUCCUGCCGCACCGCGGUGAUGUUCAACGACCAUCUGGAUACGAGGCAAUGCCAGAAACUUGUCCAAAGACUCUCUCAGUGCACCUUCCCUUUCCAAUGCGCUCACGGACGACCCACGUUAACAGUGCUGGCAGACAUUGGUGGCGGGGAUUACUGUGGCCCUGGCAUGGGUGCAGAUGUUGAUCCCAGCGCCGUCGCGCUUGGAUUUGGCGACGCCUGGAGAGGUUGGGCCAAGUAGGCGUCCUAGGAUAACAGAAGUAUUACGUACAAAAUAUGAGCAUUUGCGC